AUGGAAACUAUCACGACCGAUCAAGGAACUAUGUUUACCGGAUCGGACACUAUAGCUUUCUCGCAAGAAUACGGUUUUAAAAUGAUACAUUCUACACCAUAUUAUGCCCAAGCAAAUGGACAAGCUGAAGCUACGAACAAGUCAAUAAAGAAUUAUUUGUCCAAAAUGAUUGAAGAAAAUCCAAGUCAAUGGCAUAGGAUCUUAUCUGAAGUCGUGUGGGGGAACAGAAUAUCCCAGAAGUCAGCUACUGUCACAUCUCCAUUUCGUUUAGUAUAUGGGUAUGGUGCAAUGUUACCUAUGGAGCUCGCUGUGUCUGUCCGACGAAAGAGGAAACACAUGGUUUCAAAAGAAGAUUAUGCUGACAAGAUGAUCUUAGAGGCAUUAGAUCUCGAUGAAGAAAGAUUAGAAGCACAUGAUCAUUUAGAAGCGCAAAAAAGGAGGGUGGAAAGAUCGUACAAUAAACGAGUCAAGGGGAAGAUUUUUAAAAUUGGAGAUCUAGUAUGGAAAGCAAUUUUACCGUUAGGACACAAAGAUCAACGUCUUGGAAAAUGGAGCCCAAACUGGAAGGACCAUUUCACGUGA